CAUCCACAUCCCGCUUUCUUGUUCAUUUUUUCUUCCCAAGAUACUUCUUUGACGGCUUUAUAUAUACACCAUGGAAGAGUCAACAGUGUCUUCAGAUACUUUUGAAAAAGUCAGAAUCGGAAACGUCAGCGAUUGCGAUCGAUCGAAUGCUGGCGGUUCUCUGUACGCCUACUGGAACAUUAUAUGCGUUAUUUGCGGUGUCGGUAUAUUAGGCUUACCACAGGCCCUGAGCAAAGGAGGAUGGGCUGCAUUGACAUUACUGCUGCUGUCUUGGUUUUUUGCUAUCUAUUGCUCUAUUAUUUUGAUCCGCUGUUUAUACUAUUCUCGCAAGCAAGAAACCCGCCUGCCUUCCUUUACCGCCAUUGCUGAAGACGCGUUUGGCCAAAUCGGUGGCUAUAUUCUCUUCUUUUUCCAAGCAUGGAUUCUUCUCGGUGGUCCCGUCUUGAUUUUUGUGCUUUGUGGUACCAACAUGAACGAAUUGUGUCGAGGUACAAGCUGUCAAGUAGGAGCCGUACCGUGGACAAUCAUCUUUUGUGCUGCUGUUGCUAUCCCACUCGUAUUUCUCAAAAGCAUGAAAGACACGGGCUGGACUAGCAUUUUAGGCACAGUUGCUAUUGUCGCUGUAUCGCUGAUAUGUGUGAUCAUGGCCGGUCUCGAUAACCCCAACGAAACGAUCGGCAUCGUCAACAUUACUCACACCAACGUUAUAUGGGAAGGCUUUCCAGCUGCACUGUCUACCAUGUCCCUCAGUUUUGGCGGCAAUGUCGUAUACCCCAACAUCGAAGCCUCCAUGAAGAAACCGCACCAUUGGCCAUAUGUUGUCGCCGGGGCUCUUACGACCUGUGCACUCCUCUACAUCAUGGUAGCUGUUUCUGGCUAUUAUGUCUAUGGUGACGCUGUGCUCAACCCUGUAUACUACAGCAUUCCAAAUGGUCCUCCUCGUCUCGUUUGCAUCGCUUUCAUCACUGUCAAUAUCACCGUAUGCGCCCCGAUUUUGUUAACUUCGUUCGUGAUCGAAGCCGAGGCAAUGAUGGGUCUUACAGUGGAACGUCUGGGUCGUGCUCGCGAAUUCAUCUCACGUGCCAGCUUUCGCAUCCUGACAGCCGCUUUUUGUGGAGCCAUUGGUUGUGUUGUACCUUAUUUCGACCACUUGAUGGCUCUAUUCGGCGCCUUUGGGUUCUGUACUACUACGUUUAUCUUUCCAAUUCUCUGCUGGUGGAAAAUGACUGGUGUGCGUUCCAAGCCAUAUUAUCAGCUUGCUUGGGAUAUUUUGAUCCUCAUAUUCGGUACUGUCGGUCUUGUAUUUGGCAGCUGGUCUGCCAUUCGAGAUCUUGUCUAUGCUUUUAAAAAUGGCGCUUAAAUGGGUAUCUUGCUCAAACCUGUUCUUGCCAAUUGAUAUUUCCUCCUCCUUCUUUGCUUUCCCCAGCCCCACGCCCACCACACGGCUCAAGGCGUUAGAUUUCAUUUGUAACAAUUUUAUGUAGACUUUUUAAAAUCGCCACAUACAUGCACAUUCACUCCCUGUAUACUAGAA